AUGACAGAAGAUUUAUCGCGGAGUCUCAGGGAGGAUGUGGAACCGGACCAUGAGCCAGAACAUGACUUCCCAGACUUGCUUAGCAGCUAUUUUAUGAUGUGUAUUCUCAGGCUUCUGCAGUUCUGGGGGCACUCCCUUCCUUCCCAGCAAGAUCCUGAAACUGGUCCCGAACACCAGCUGAAUUCUUCUUCUAUGCUCAUGCUGUGCGGAUGCCUGCGGAUCUGCCAGGAUUUGGAGCGGAAUGAGCCCUCAAUGCAUCAGCUUCGAGAUCAUACCAGGCAGCUGUCAGACGAAGCCCAUGAGGAGCGGUCUAUGGAAUGGAGUGGCCUUUCGUUCACCAUCGGCCAGCAUAAGAUCUUGUCGAAUAUCUCCGGCAUGAUUGAGCCAGGUCGAUUGACCGGGGUCUUUGGUCCCUCAGGAAGUGGAAAGACCACGUUGCUGAACAUCUUGGCCGGAAGACAAAACACCAAGGCGUCGAACAUGUCUUUGACGGGGCAGAUCACCACGAACGGAGUGGUGGUAGAUCCUGUCAGCUUCCGCGGAAACAUCGCCUAUGUCAUGCAGGACGAUGCCUUGUUGCCCUAUGAGACCCCGAGGGAGUACUUCCACUUCAGUGCAUCUAUGCGGCUCUCACAGGGCAUCAGCAGGACACAGCGGGAGGAAUUCGUGAACAACCUCCUCUCCACUUUGUCCCUGCAGCGUUGUGCCAACACCAUCGUGGGCUCCGAGCUGGUGAAGGGCCUCAGUGGCGGCGAACGGAAGCGAACCUCCGUCGGCAUCGAGUUGAUCACCAACCCCAAGAUGUUGUUCUUGGAUGAGCCCCUCAGUGGCUUGGACUCCUAUGCGGCCUACACACUGGUGGUGGCGCUGAAGGAUUUGGCCAAGGCCAAUGUCCCAGUGCUUUGCACUGUGCAUCAGCCUAGCAGUGAGAUUUUUGCAAUGUUUGAUGAUGUGAUCAUGCUACAUGCUGGAGAGAUCACCUUUCAUGGCCCUGCCAAUCAGAUUUCCGCCUUCUUCGAUGACAUGGGCUUCCCUUGUCCCGGGAACUUCAACCCAGCGGACCAUGUGAUGUUCCUGAUGCAGAAGGAGUCGACCGAAAAGCUCCGGGAGAUUAAAGACAGCUGGCUGCAGUCUGAGAUCUCCGUGAAGAUGCAGGCCAAGAUCGAUGCCUUGCAAGGCCGCAAUCAAUCCACAGGCGAGCGUGCAGCAGGUCCUCGACAAGGCAGCGCAGGACGCAACACUGGAUUUUGCAAGCAACUGGGGAUGCUGCUGGCUCGUGAAGUCAGAGGCACCUUCAGAAACAAGGGCAUUCUAUAUGCUCGGUUUGGUAUGUCUUUGUUUUUGGCUGCGCUCUACGGAUGGCUCUUCUCCGGAAGUGCUGCGUCAGGGGACAAGGUGAACUCACCUGAAAAGAACUGCUUGGCAGACAACUUUAGUGCCGGCGGAUGUACCGGAGACUUUCAGGCGCACUUUGGCACGCUGGUCUCGCUGAGUAUUAUGGCCAUGAUGAGCGCAGCUCAGCCAGUCGUCCUCCAAUUCCCUCAGGAGCGGCCCGUGUUCUUGCGCGAAUAUGCCGCGCAUCAGUAUGGAGUGGUACCUUACUUCAUCAGCAAGACCCUGGUGGAGAUGCCAGUGGUGCUGAUGUCCUCGCUCCUGACUUUUGCGGUGACCUAUUUUUGGAUGGGCUUGCACGGUGGAUUUGUUCUGCUGGUGUUGGUCUCGUGGCUUUUGGGCAUUGCCUCUUCCUCUUUGGCCCUGUUGGUGGGCUGCGGCGUGGCAUCGGCGCAGAAGGCCAUACAGCUGGCACCUUUGACGCUGAUCCCUCAGAUGCUCUUCUCAGGGCUGUUCGUCCCAGUGGCCAAGAUUCCCUUGAGCUUGAGGUGGGCGAGAUACCUAUGCCCUUUGAAGUAUGCCAUCAACUUAAUGACCAUCGUGGAGUUUCAAUAUGUCAAGGACAUUACUCAGGACUGCGAGAAGCGUUCCUCUGAAAUUGAGUGCAUGCAAGAGCAUCCCGGUGACUACCUUCGCCUCCAGCUGGUGAACACGCAAAGUGUCCUGUGGGAUGACUGGACCCAGUACUUGGGAGCGCUGGUUGGCCUUUUUCUGCUCUUCCGCCUUAUCGCGAUGAUCCUCCUUUGGCGAAAAGGGAAAUAUGUCUUUUGA